AUGCUCUUUUAUCGCUUCUGCGUUUCGAUUAGAGGUCUGGGUACUAGAUUGUUGUGCUCGUCCAACAUGGCGGAUCUAAAAGGCAGUGCACUGGUUAUUUUGGCCGAAGGAGCUGAAGAAAUGGAAGCAGUGAUCACCACAGACGUGCUUCGGCGUGGGAAGGUAUCUUGGCGUAUGUACCAGUUAAAGUUGUUUUGUCUUGAUAUUUUUGACCAACCAGUUGGAUUUUACUAAAACAAUUAUUCCUCUCGCCCUCAUGGCCUCUGAUUCAAUAGCCCAUUGGGCCUCAUGGGCUGACUCAGAGCCCAUUCGGGCUCGAGGAAUAAUUGUUAAAUAUUCAAGGAUAGUUUGUGUCAAAAUCCGAACGAGCGAGGUACGAGCGAGUGAGGGCUUUUGACACAAACAACGAGUGAAUAUAAUCCUGUACAAAGCGCUCUCUAUGACGUGAGCUGUUUGUUACACAUGUCAGAAGAAUUUUCACUGAAAUAGUUUGCUUAAUGUAACACAUAAGCUUAUUACUAAGAGCAAAUCACAGAUACUGAGAACCAAGUGCAAAUUUAAUAGUAAUGGUAAAUCUCGCGGCACAUCCUUAGUCCUCAUCGUGCUGAACAGAAAAUGCACUUACAAAAGUUUAAUCUAGUAAGUACGUUACAAGAGACAGACCUCAGCGAUGUGGGUUCAUAUUAUUGUUCUCUGUCUUUCUGUCGACCUCCAAGUAGAAAAUUGGUGAUUAACACGACGAGAUCUCUUGCCUCAAUAUUUUCCAAUUCUCUCUGCUCGUUCCUUGAAACUAAAAACAUUUUCAAUAACGAAACAUCUCUCUGUGGUUUGCUUAAUAUGUUCUUGUUUCUUUGAUGCUGCACAAACUCUUCUAACAAGCAACCAGCCGACACAACCUGUUAUUUUUUCCUUCUUUCUUUCUGAAAAAAAUUGGAGGUGCUGCUAAAAAGCUGCCAAAUCUGGAAAGCCAUUUGAAUGCAAGUUUGAUGAACGGCUCUGAUUGGCUAAAGGCAGGAGCCCAUCAAAUGGAGCCUCCAUCUCCCAUACAAGCCCUUGGAGUCAACCCUUUCCCGAGUAGAUUUAUAAUUAGAACGGUUCCCAGGGGAGACCUCGCGCGCCAAUGGUGGGAAGAGCCAAUCACAAUGAUGAAAUGACACUGCUAUUGUACUUCAUCAAACAGCAGGAAAUUCGUUGUUGACAGGCCAAACACAAUCAUAAGCUAGUCAAACGUGACUUUAGCGUUUUCAUCCCUCAGAGAUGUUCUUUUUUUUUUCUUUCUAGCAGGUAGAUUAUACCGUGGAGAGUUUUAAACUCUGACUAUGUUAAUCUUAAUUUUGGUUGCUUGUCUCACAUUAAGAGACCAUGAAGCUGGUCUGUUACAUGCAUGAUGAUUAACUACUACCUGCAGUCUGUAGUUGUGACAGGAUUCGUUUUCUUUAGCUAAUUUUUUUGAGCGUUAAGGUUCUUAUUUCGGCUAAAAGACUCAAUAUUAAUCAAAUUUCUAGUUUUUCAAGGUUUUUUUUUCCCGAAAUGUGUUUAUCUGAAUAAAUACUUGUAGUACUUGUGGUUGUUUUGUCCAUCAGCUAGUGUGAUGAUUCCCUGCUAUGUUUUGUAACACCCGCGUCCAGUCAUUGUCUUCUCGCAAAAAAGUGAUUUACAGAUGCUAUUCGAAGGAAGGAAUUGAGCCUAAACUUCUACAUUAACUGCUGAGAAUUGUCCUGUCAGUCAGUCAUAAUUCUUUUGGCGCAGAUACAAUCCAUUUUGUUUUUCUUGAGAUAAGAGGGUCUUUGAACUGGAGCGCGAUGUCACAAAUUCCUCCGUUAGCAAAUUACUUUUGAGUUAGCUUCACGGUCGAGCAACUGUUGUCUUCUGUUCAACUUUUCAAGUGCCAGUUUUAUCAGGCAACUCUCAUGGUGAUACAAGUCAGUUGUAAAGGAAGACUGCAAUUUCUCAAAUGUCGGAACUGAAGUAUUCCUCGUUAGUUGCUACUUAGGUCAUCGCUUUUGCACGCGGUGCUUAACUCGCGAAAUCCACUCCAUGGUGAUGACAAAAAUCAAAUGAUCCUAGCACUUUUUCGGCGCUGAUCAUCGAAAAGUUCCAAAUCGUCCACAGAACGCUUAAUCGUCGACUCUUUUCAAGGUACAUGCUUAAAUGUGGGAUGUAUGACGGCAAAAAAAAACACACUCGCAAAGAUAACCUUUCCGUGAUCCUCAGUUCACUGCCUUUGUCCCAUUGCUUCAUGCUCAGUCUCAGUCGGGUAAUUCAUUAACUUUUAUUUCAUGAUACCCAGAUCCCAGCGGCUGUAAAAUUGUAAAAAUGGACGUAAAGGAAAAAAGGAAAACGUUCGAAGGACGGGCUUCUGAGUUCGACUGCAUCCAAUUUUAUUUUCUCACGGUGACACACGAGACUCACGGAAAUAUGACACUUUUUGCGGGAAACUAGCCUUUCUAUUUAUAAAUCUACUCGGGAAAGGGUUGACUCAAGAAAUUAAUGGAGAUGGAGGCUCCGUUUGAUGGGCUCCUGCUAAAGGGCAUUUACACUGUCGUUGAUUGGUUAUACGUCCACAUGUGAAAGCAGCUGAACGCCAUUCUGAUUUGCUGUAUAAGCUUUUCUCACAUGUGAAAAUAAAGCAUAUAGAUUUCUACAAAUAAGCUUUACGAAAUAAAAUUCUUGUGAUACGUGUAAUAAAUAAGCUUAAUAAUUAUUUGUAAGCUUAGUUAGGAAGACCUUAGAUAACAAUGACCUCAACCAGGUUUACGUCCAACAAUUUUAGUGAAAACAAGGGAUUGGUUGGGGUGCUCAGUCUCAUGGGCUCAUAAAACCUGGUCAUGGUCAUUCUUAUUUAAGGAUUUUCACUUAAUUAAUUAAGCUUACUUGAUUGAUACAAUCCGGCCACCCAAAAGGUGGAUAACACUAAAAACCAAAGAAAUCUCUAUCUGCUGGAUAGUUUAGUUGGUUUCCCUAAUACUUAUCUACUGGAUAGUGAUUUACCCGGUGGAUAGCACUUUCCAGGGUUUUAGGGGUAUCCAGUAGCUUUUGAAUGACUGCCAACUGUGCCCAGCAGUGAGUGGGUUGGUGGGUUGGUAGGUGUGGCUCUUUAGAUGCAAAAAAGGGACAGUACUUAGGGGUCAGACUUCCGAUGACAGUUAUUUCUCUUUUAGUUGAUGUCCUAUUGAUUGUUAGUUUUAUGUGAAAUUCACACAGAUGCAAGAAAUCUUUAAAUAUAGCACACAUUUGAAUAUUUUGUAAUGUAGUUGUUACAUAUUAAAGUUUUAAUUAACUUAACAAGUUAAAGAGUAUUUAUCAGAAUGAUUUUAAUUUGUUGAUUUUGUUUCAGGUUAAGACAGUGGUUGGAGGUCUUGCUGGUGCAGAUCCUGUCACAUGCAGUCGAUAUGUUGUGGUCAAACCAGAUAUGAGUUUAGAGGAUGCCAUUAAGCAGGUAGGAGGUAACAUGUAAGAAAAAGAGUCCCUUAGAAGUUGCCUGGAAUCGUCUAAAAAAAACAGAAUACUUUCAGUCCAACUGGAAAGGUUUUGGGGAAACAAAUCCGCAUUUGAAGCUGGACCAGUUGUCUGUUUUGGACCUGUCUUAAUUAACCCAUUUGCCCCUGAAUCACCCAUAGCUGCCCCUGCAGAUUCCACAUCCCUUCUACUGCCUGUGACAUCCUCAGUUUUAAUGGCCAAGGACAACUUUGUCCACUAACUUGUGCAGGGUGAAGAGAUCUUUCAACCCAUACCAGAAUGAGCAUGAUUCAGUCAAGGAGACUGGAGAAAAAGGAAAAAAAACCAUGUAACAUUGACCCAAAAACUUCCAUGAAAAUCCUGUUUCACUACCCACCUACCUUUCCUUUCAUCUAAUUCCAAAAUCCUAAAAGCUUUCCCAAAAACUAUUCCCAGCAAAGUAAAGCUUAAUGAAUUCCCAGCAAAAGAAAAAAAGAAAUGGGGCAAGAAAAGUGAAUUUAUGAAGAGGAGAGGAAAAAAAAAUGGAAAGAAAAAAGUCAAGACUGCUGUGCCACUUUUCAACCCAAAAACUAUCUUGAAAUUUUGCUUUUUGCGUAUGCUCAAAGUUCGCAAGCUAACAUUUUGCAUCUGGAUCAGAAGGCUGGGAAGUGUAUGACCUGUAAACAGCUUUGUGGUAAGUUUUACGUAGCUCUUUUAUAAUAUAGUCAGACAAUGACUUAAGAAAACUGCUCAACCAGCUUCCAAACGUCUUUUUUGGCAAAAUUCCCGGGAGCAAAUGGGUUAACACAUUAUAGGUGCCAUUCUAUAACUAUUUUUUUAAUUUUUGACCAUUCGCUUUAUCAAGACCAAAACUUUUGGAAAUUCAAAUUGAAAUUGAAAAUCAGUUUUCUUUGACAUGUGUACACCCCUCAUAAGAAACAUGGAGCACAAGAUGAGCAAUGCUUGAAAGGGAGAACACAGCAAGGGGAGAAGAAUGCUUGUUUGAUAGAAUAAAGUUUUACUUUUAUUUUUAGGGUCCAUAUGAUGCUGUUAUUUUGCCUGGUGGAUUAGGAGGAUCUAACAACCUUGCUAAGGUAUUUAUAGUUUCUAAUUUUAAAUGAAAAUUUUGAGAGCUGAUGAGAGUUAAAGGCUUACUUUAAUUCUGGUUGAUUAAUUUUAGUCUGCCAAAGUUAAAGAGAUUCUCCAGGAACAAGAGCAAAGUGGAAGAAUAAUUGGAGCAAUUUGUGCUGGUAAAGAGAAUUUACUGUGAUAAAAGGCCUAGGUGUAAACUCUGGAAAAGUGGCCCUUUUUUGUUCUUCUUCUUUUUAAUGUACUUGAAACAUCUAGAGAAUGAUCUGUCAAAAAUUUAUUAGUAACAUUCUGGAAAUUGUAAUCAAGUCGAGAAUUUGCCUGGGUUUUUUGCUCUCUGAAUUAAAGAUAACUUGAAUCUGAUAUGAGCCAGAUAGCAGCAAUUUAUUAUAAAAAUAUUAUUGUGCAAGUGAUCAGAAAAUAUUUUUAAAGGCCCCUUGGGAUCCCUUUAAUACUUUGCUGUCAGGCUCAGCUUAACAGUUUUAGAUGUAUCCUUAAAUUUUUUGAGGCACCCUUAGUCUAACUGUAUUAUGGAGUUAGAAGUCUACAACCUCUCUGAGUUUAGGAAUGAUAAGAUUGCAGCUGGAACUAUUCAGAACUGGAACAAUCUUACGAGGUAGAGCGAUUUUCGUAUGACCUUGAAAAAUGAUUUUGGUAAGUGCUUGUUAUUUGCCUUAUCCGACAAAGAAAACCCUACUGUGGAGAAGGCAUUGUUCGAUUGGACAAUCGUGUUGCAAUACAGGUAAGACGUCAAAGUGAAGUAUCAAUUGAUUUAAAGAAAGUUCUUCGGGCAUGAAGUUUUUUCCCCCGUGUGUUUGCUAACCAACCAAAAGCCAGGCACAUUUGUUCAAGUGUUUUCAUUUCAAUUUCAAACGAAAAUCGCUCUUACCCUAUAACACUGUUGCAGGUGGCUAGUGGACAUGGCCACCUCUAAAUAUUGAAGCCUAAUUAAUAAUCCAUAAAUGCAAAAGGUAUUUUGAUCAGCACUACUAUAGCUAAAGCUUGUUGCCUUAGCUGAGUGCUUUUUCUAUUCCGGUUAUCAGUGUUCUCCUUAUCAGGUGGUAACUGGUAAAAUUUACCCCUUGAAGCAACACUUCUUACAGCCUGCAACUGCUUUAAGUGUUACUAAACAUUAAAUAAGUUGUUUAAAAAAACAUGCAAGUUGUGAUCCAAGCCAAUCCUCACAAGAAAAGGAAGUAAAAGCAGAAAAACAAAAAGUAUACACAGCUAUUCUCUCUGAUUACCAGUAUUUAAAUGCUAACUGGUUCCUUUAGAAGCACUGCAGGCUAACAAUUUUUUCAUGGGUUUCUGUCCCAAUUCUAGAAUUUCUUGACCAGCAGGAAAAGUUCACGUCUCCCACGACUUGUGUUACUAAAUUUACCCUAGCGGUAAAUGCAGGCUUCAUUCGUAAAAUUCUUUGUUUUGAGGUGUUAAAAGCACUUUUCAGUCAAUUGGUUGACAGGAUGCUCAAGAAUAAAAGCCUUAGUGAAUGAAAAGUCUCUCCCCCUCUGCCAUAUUUUUGGUCUUACUGGUCAAGAAUGUUUUUUUACUUGCUUAGCUAAAAUUUAGGGAGAACACUGGGUUAUGAGCCCGUCCUUUUAUAAGCCCUCCUAAGAUGUAAAAGCCCAGCUGGCUUAUAAGUGCAGUUUAUGUUACAUGUAUGUCUUAAGUCGACAUAAGACCAGUGCUAUCAACUCUCCCGGAUAAUCUGGGAGACCCCCGAUUUUGAACCGUUUCUCCUGGUCUCCAGAUUAGAGUCUGAAAUCUCCCAGAUAAUUUCCAAAGUUUGCUGUUUCUUGUAGAUUUGACUUUCUGUCAAUGAAAUUUAAAAUAUUUUGCAUUAAUAUUGUUUGAGCUAUUUAACUUUUAACAUUAAACGUUUCCUCAGAAACCUUAGUAUGCCAUUUUCAAUAAUGUGAUUGGUGGGAGGUAAACCAAUCAGGUACUUAAUGUUACAAUUCCAACAACAUCUAUUUUGCUUGUUUUUUUUGCACAAAUGACAUCAUAUUUCAUGCAUUGUGACAUCAUCUAUUAUCCCUUCCCUGUCAUUUCUCAAUAAUGUCGGGGGUUGACAGCCCUGUAAGACUGAGUCUACUAUUUUGCUUUUCAUAUCUAACAGUACAGAAUAUAACACAGUAACUUUUGUUUUCAUUGUUUUGUGGAACACCUAGUCUCCCUCGCAGCCGUUUUUUUGGAGCGUUGCGUGACAUCCAAAAAACGGCUAGGAGGGAGACUAUGGAACACCUCGAGGUCUGAAACUGAAGAAAAUGUAGGUCCUAGUUCAAGCCUUGUUGUCAUAUUUUUUCCUUAGACAAAAAACUUUGCUCCACUUUAUAUCUCAGGGGGAGGGUGCAGGGGGUGUGCAACCCCCGCCCCCCUGAGAUGACCUGCAGUUUUCUAAUACAACUGGUAUUCUGCAAAAAAAAAACUAUGUGGUUUAUUGGUGUUGAAGUAGAGCAAGAGACGAGUGCACCCCCUCCUAAAAAGUGUAUAACUAGGUACCAGCGACUUGGUGUGAUGGACUAACAUCCUAUUCAGAGGGGGGAGGGUGGUAGAAAUAUUCCCAGCUGCUAAUUAGUUUUGCCAUGGAAAAUGGAAUAAGCUCUGGGCUGAUGAGCAAUUUGGUUUGUAAGCAGACUUUAACCUAAACCUUUGUUUCAUACUGCAGCCCCAACUGCUCUUCAUACUCAUGGAAUUGCUAAAGGAAAGACUGUCACAUCACAUCCUUCUGUCAAAGAUAAACUGGAUGGUAUGUUUUCACAUGACUGCAUACAUUUUUCAUUCUAAAUUGGAAAAUAAACAAAUAUUUGUGUAGCCUGCAUAUUUUUGUAAAAAGUUAAAACUAUACCGUGAGCUGCUUAUACCAUUUUAAGGAAGUUAAUUUUAGCAAUUGGGUUGAAUUUUUUUUGCCAAGUCUUCACUGAAAUUAUUGCUUGACUCACCAGGCAGCACUGUGUGUCCUGUAACCAUAAAAUUGCCCCUAAAGUGUUUUAUUUAGUUGACCUAUUAUUAUUUACUUUGUAUGAGACUCAUGUUCGGUUGGCUUAAUUCUAUUUUUAAUUAUUAAAAAUAGAAGUUAAACCAACCAAGCAUUUUUUAUUAUUAAAAAUGGAAGCUAAACCAACCAAACAUGAGUUUCAUACAUAAGGUCAACUAAAGUUUAAAUCCUACAAUAUUAGAAAUCUCUGUGUGAUGUCUAACAGUUCUUUUUCCUAUCCUUAAAGAAAUUGAUGAUGUUCUCAAUUAUCUGGAAACUUGAGGAUAGAAUAAACAUUAUCAUACUAAACUCUGUAUAUUUUAAAUGUAUAUGGUAACUUUUCUGUGUUCCUCAUGCAAAUGAAGAACUGCUGUUACAAGUUUGGUGGUGUAAAAUUUGAUCGUUUUUGUCUGUAAGGUUACACCUACUCUGACGACCGAGUUGUUCGAGAUGGAAACCUGGUAACUAGCAGAGGACCUGGUACUGCUUUUGAGUUUGGUAUUGAACUUGUACGUGCUGUACGAGGUGAUGAUGGUGAAGCUGAGAAGCUCGCUGGCCCAAUGCUGAUUAAAUAA